AUAAAUUGUAGAGAUAGUAGUAUGCUGUAUGUAUAUAAUUAUAUGUAAGUACCUAUUUGUUUUGGUAAUGCUUGCUAGUUCGCACACUCUAAUAGUACUUACGGUCAGGAUUUCACCAAAGAACAAAUCACUAUAGGUGCACGAUGUUAUGUACAAUAAAUCUAUUACUCAUACCUCAAUAUUCAGUGGUAUAUCUAUCUGUAUUUACCAUAAAGGGACUUCUGCUGUUAUUUAUCUUGUGGGUAGGCCAGCAUAAAGUUACGUAAGCAUAAGGUUUGAUACCGGGCGGCUAUGGCAAGUGAUGCGAACUCGCGGCGGGCGGCGCGGCGCGGCGCGGUGAGAGCCAAGGAAAGUGAUCGCGGUACAUUUGGUAACCGCUGGGCGUGUGCCCGCAUAUCAAUGUCCUGCGCACCAGGGACGGAGUCAAGGCAUCAUUAACAGGACAAAAUUAAGCUAAGCGUGAGCCAUUCUCACAUCCAUAAGACUGAUCUUCGACCGUUUCCCAGCAAGGUCUCGACGUCAAAGUAAAACUAUCUACAAUCUACACAAUAAUACUUCCAGUACUAACUUUCAUAACAGACAAUAUUUAUCAUUGUAUAUUGAAUGAGGUAUUGUGCACAUUGUUUACUGUUUACAGAAAAUGUAAACAAACAAGCAGUUGCUGAAUUAACAGUAGUAUCGAACUCGCGCUACUUCGCAUAGUCGUCCCAUGCGUGGACUCUAUGACUUAAAAAUAUCGUGCAAGUGAGAACUGAUUCGUCCCUGGAGCCGCUGGUACAAUUUUCUCCCUAUUACGUUUCUUGAUCAAUUGGUAUGCGCGUGCGCACACUUGUUACACAGGAAUGACGGCAGUCACCGACGUGCUACCUAAAACAAAUUCAGUGUAUUCCGGUUUCUACUCUAAGUACAAGCCGUAGAAUUGAACGUCGCGUAACGCUGAAUCGGAAGAAGAAUUUUAGGUGCAUUCGUUUAGGAACGGUCGAAAGCAUUAUCGCGUAAGGACGAAGUUCGCAGCUGGCACGUCCGGCCGGCUAGUGAAACCUGCACGCUGGCUACAUACUAAUUCGAUAUGUUUUAAGUUAUAAGUAUGGGUGGAAGAGUCCGAUGUCAAUCGGUUUCUGAGUGGAUGUCGCGCCGACCGGGCGACCGCAUCGAUAUGAGACUUACAAUCAUCGCGUUGGUGUUGUGCGCGUGCGUGUGUUUGUCGGCCGGAGAUGUCGCGCAUCUGAAGGCUGCCAAGGCGAAGCUGAUUGGUCGGCUUGCGAAGGGCAAGCCGCACAAACGAGGAGUGCUAUCGGCAGUGCCACCCUACAAGCUAGGAUACGACAUCCCCGUCGUUACGCACUCCGUCGUCAAACCGGUCGUCGUGUCGUACCCUCCCGCAGCAGCGGUGACCGCUGUGAAAGUGCCUCUCGCUCACCCCCUGACCACGCGUUACCCUGUGCCAGUAGGACAUAAAGUUCCAGUGCCUCAUCCUCAUUACGGUCUCAAGUUUCCGCAUCAUACGAAAACCGUUUUAUUGCCGAAACCAGACCAUCACUUCCAUCAUCAUCACCAUCACGUUUCUCCUAAGCCAGUGAUCCCUGUGGUGCCAGCGCCUGUACCUGCUACUCCCGUGAUACCUGUACAUGAGCCUACAGCAACAGUGGCCCACCCCGUGCCGGCACCUUCUCCACCAGUUCUCAUCCAAUCAGCACCGAUACCUGCGCCGAUACCUCAACCUAUACCUGGGCCACCCUUAUUCUCAGCAGCAGCUUUAGCUCACACUCAUCUGUUCCCUCAGGCGCAUGCUCACCUUCGGCCUGCAGCGCCUGCAGCUCCCCUCCCCACGCACCCAGAAUAUACUCCACUCCUGCCUUACGCUCAUCAAUUCCCUUAUGUUUUGAGACCAGGUAAUGCAGUGCAGACUUCAUUCUUCGCGACAUACCCAAGAUAUCCAUUGCUUAAUUAUCAAAGCCCUAUUUUCCCACUGGGUCCCCCAGCAGUCAAUCAGGUAAUAUACGAGCGUCCUCAGGGACAACACUUCCAUCUGGCUCCACCAGCAGGUCAAGAAGGCGUAGUGCUCGAGCAGCCGGGUGCUCAUGUAGAGCCAACGUUCCUACAAGCACCUGUUCCGCAACACGCUGUGCAUCUACAGCCUACACAGCCAACUCUUCAUCUGCAACCAGUACAACCGGGUGUGCAUUUGUCACCUGAUGUUCACUUGCAUCCCGGCCAACCAGAAGUCCACUUGCAUUCGGCUCAGCCAGAGGUUCAUCUUCAACCAACCCAACCGGAGUACCACCUACACCCAACACAGCCAGAAGUACAUCUCCACCAGGGUCAGCCAGAGGUACAUCUUCACCAGGGUCAGCCAGAGGUACAUCUUCACCAGGGUCAGCCGGAGGUACAUCUGCAUCAAGCUCAGCCAGAAGUCCACUUGCACACUGCUCAACCCGGCGUUCUGCAGGCAGCUCAGCCUGGUCUCCUGCCUACUCAACCAACCGUACAUUUGCAGCCCACUCAACCUACACUAGACCAAGAUGGCUGGCACCCUGUACAGGCACAACCACAUGAUCUAGGACAACAAGGAGGCCACUUUAAUCAGGACGGACAAUUUGCCCCAGGGACCCAUUUCGGACAAGACGGUCAAUAUGCCCAGGGUCACUUCGGUCAAGACGGACAACAGCAACAUUUUGGUAAUGAAGGACAAUUCGGGCAAGAUGGCCACCAUCAGUAUACGCAAACGCAAGGUACACAGGUUUAUGAGCAGCAUACCGGAGAUCAACAAUACCACGACUUUCAGGCUCAGUUGGAGCAUCACAUCCAACAGCAACUGGAUCAGGCGCAGUACGAGCAACACAUAAACAACCAGCAACAACAUCAGCCGGGACAGAACUAUGGAGUUCCACAAUACCCGCAAGACGUUUUCGGCCAGAACGGACAGCAAGGUCAAAACUUUGGUCAGUCUGGUCAGGAUUACAACCAGAACGGGCAAAAUUUCGGUCAGCAAGGUUACGAGUACAGUCAACCAGGACAGAAUUUCGGCCAAGAUUUUAGCCAGGCAGGUCAGAACUUCGGCCAGGAUUUUAACCAGCAGCAGCCUGCUGGGGAGUACGGAGUGCCGCAGGGCGCGGAGGGGCGCAGCAGCGCGGAGGGCGAGGAGGAGCAAGAGUUCCACAACCACAUCCCGCUGAAGCUGCAGCCGCCGCUGGACAGGCCGCUCGAACACUUCCGAUAGCCUCGCCGCGUGUGCGAACCGCAUUUAUCAGUUACCUCGACGAGCGGCGACACUGCAACUGACUGACACUCUGUCUAGCAACCUCAAGAUAGCUUCGAUUUACCUUACAACCUUGUUACCAAACUAACGUAGUACAAAACCGACACCGAAAUUCGAUUACUGAUCGUAAUCUCGCAGUGUUAACAUGUAGCAAUGAGUUUAAAAAGCAAAUACGGGCUGUAAUAUUAUAAUGUUAGAUUAAUAAGAUAUUUUAAACAUUACAAGAUAGAUACGAACCAACAGUUGCGAGUCAGUAGUUAAGUAGAUCUGUCGCUAGAUAGCGCCACUCGCGUCCACCGCUGUGUAUAUUGUGUAGAUAAAGUUUAUGUUCACGAAUUGCCUAAUAAUAGUAAAUAGUUUAAGUUAUUAACAUAGUUGUAAGAGAGAUUUAUUUAUUUUUUUAUAAAUAAAAUAUUUUGUAACGUUGAA